UUUAAAUUCAUAGCGCCAAUACAGGAUCCCUCUUCUUCAUCCUCCUGCAUUUUAGAAACCCUAAAUACAGCCAAUUUGCAAAAUCUUCAAUUCUCCAUUAUUGAAGCUUCAAUUUGGUUGCUGAUUAUUGUAGCAGAGCAGAUUAGAACAGUGAAAUCUGCAAUGGCCGGAAUAUUAAAGCCGCCGGGGGCCUUCACUGUUACACCGCACAAGGUUUCCAUUUGCAUUUUGAUUCAAGUCUAUGCUCCGCCAACUCAGAUUUCUGUUCCGUUUCCCUUCUCUUCCGUUUCUCAUCACAACCGUCUCGGCUUGUUCCUUUUUGCUCUCUCUAAGUCAUGUGAUGAUAUUUUUGAGCCGAAGCUGGAUGAGCUCAUUGGGCAGUUGAAGGAACUCGGUGACUUCCUAAAUGAUUGGUUGAUCGAUCAUUUAACUCGUAGACUAUCAUCAUUGGCCUCACCUGAUGACUUGUUUAACUUCUUUAAUGAUUUGAGAGGAAUUUUGGGUGGCUCCGAAUCCCAUGUCAUGGAUGAUGAUCAAAUCAUGCUGGAUCCAAGUAGCAACCUUGGGCUCUUUGUGCGCCGUUGCUUACUUUCUUUCAAUCUUCUGCCAUUUGAGGGUGUCUGCCAUCUUCUAACAAACGUAGGUGCAUACUGUAAAGAAUCUUUCUCAAGUUGUCCUUAUGAAUUGUCACAUAUAGAAGAUUGUGCUAAUGAGGCGGAAUCAUCAAUGGAAUAUGAGAAUAUGGAAUUGGAGGGUCUUGUGUUUGACAAAGUCAGCAAAGAGUUUGAAGCACAAAAAAGGGCUAAUGACAGCUUUGUUUUUCAUAAUCAUGCACCCAAAAUGCUUAUCGGAUUUAUUGAAGAAUCAGAUAUUUCUUCAGGAUCAAAAGUCAAAGAAUUUGAUAGACUUAGAGCAGGUAGCUCAUGUAUACCUUCUUCAAGUUAUUCACAGAGAAUCAUUGAUCCCCAGGUUGGCAGUUUCCUCCGUACAAACUGGCAAAUACAGGGAAACUUACUGGAUCAAGCUGAUGCAAUUGAAAGACAUGGCAGCUCAUUCUCUUUGAAUGCUUUUGAAUCCAUACUUAAGCAGCUGCAGAAACUGGCCCCAGAACUGCAUCGGGUUCACUUCUUGCGCUAUUUGAAUAGUCUUCAUCAUGAUGACUAUCCUGUGGCUUUGGAAAAUCUUCACCGUUACUUUGACUACAGUGCAGGGACAGAAGGAAUUGAUUUUGGUCUGCCUUCAUCUGGUUGCAAUAGUUUUGGGAGAUAUGAGGUUGCUUUACUAUGCUUGGGAAUGAUGCAUUUCCACUUUGGGCACCCAAAGCAAGCUUUGGAGGUCUUAACUGAAGCAGUUAGAGUUUCUCAGCAGCACAGUGAUGACGCUUGUCUAGCAUACACUUUAGCAGCUAUAUGCAACCUAUUGUCUGAAGUUGGUAUUUCAAGAAUGACUGGAAUUAUUGGAUCAGCAUGCUCGUCAGUUGUCACCAUGCGAACUUCCUUGUCCAUUCAACAGCAAUUAUUUGUGCUUUUGAGGAGAUCUUUAAAAAGAGCAGAAGGCUUAAAGUUAAAACGACUGGUGGCCUCCAAUCAUAUUGCAAUGGCAAAAUUUGAGCUAACACAUGUUCAAAGACCAUUAUCAUAUUUUGGUCCAAAGGGUCCCAUGAAGCUCAGAACAUGCCCCAUUAAUGUCUGCAAGGAACUGAGAUCGAGUUCCCGUCUGAUCCAUGAAUUUUGUGAUGAAAGUUCUAUAAUGAACACUGAUGGUCUUUUGUGCACUAUGUGGCUUAAGAAUUUGAAGAAACCUAUUGGUUCAGUGAUUUUCUCUCAAGAAAACGAAUCCAGGCGGAACUUGGAUACUUUCCAGUUUUGUGCACAACCAAAUUCUCUUCCUGGUUCUGUGGUCCAGUUAUUGGGGACUUCAGCAUUGGUUCGUGCAACUGCCUGGGAGAUAUAUGGCAGUGCCUCUCUUGCUCGAAUAAAUACCCUGGUUUUUGCAGCAUGCUUUGCUGACUCAUCGAGUUCAGCUGAUGCUGCCUUAGCUUAUGCCAAGCUCAUCCAACAUUUGGCUGUUUUUAAAGGACACAAAGAAGCUUUUGCUGCUCUUAAAAUAGCGGAAGAGAAGUUCUUAUGUGUUUCAAAGUCAAGAGUCCACCUUGUAAAACUGCAGCUACUUCAUGAACGUGCCCUGCAUAGAGGGGAUUUGAAGUUCGCUCAGCGAAUAUGCAAUGAAUUUGGAGCUUUAGCUUCUUCUGUAAGUGGUGUGGACAUGGAGCUGAAGACUGAAGCAAGUCUACGACAUGCUCGAACACUGCUUGCAGCAAACCAGUUCAACCAGGCUGCAGCUGUCACAAACUCCCUCUUCUGUAUGUGUUACAAAUACAAUAUGCAGGUUGAGAAUGCCACUGUUCUUCUUUUGCUUGCUGAGAUACACAAGAGAUCAGGAAAUGCUGCUCUCGGAAUUCCUUAUGCUUUGGCUAGUCUUUCAUUUUGCCAGUCUUUUAACUUGGAUCUUCUUAAAGCCUCUGCAACACUGACACUUGCUGACCUAUGGCUUUCACUGGGAUCAAAUCAUGCAAAAAGGGCUUUAGCCCUCUUGCAUAGUGCUUUCCCUAUGAUUCUUGGUCAUGGCGGUCUGGAGCUUUCUGCUCGAGCCUAUAUAACAGAGACAAAGUGCUAUCUGGCAGACCCAAGCUUUUCAGUCUCAGAAGAUCCAGAGGCAGUGCUAGAACCUUUAAAGCGAGCUUCUGAAGCGCUUGAACUUUUGGAGUACCAUGAAUUGGCUGGUGAAGCGUUUUACUUGUUGGCGAUUGUAUACGACAAGUUAGGAUACUUAGAAGAAAGGGAAAAAGCUGCAGCUUUAUUUAAGGUGCACAUUAUGGCCCUUGAAAAUCCUGAAGAAAAGGAAGAUUCUCUUUCUACAAUGUUGUGAAGAAAAUCCAGCGCGUUUCAUUGAAAUUACAGGAGCAAACAUAGCUCAUUUGUUGUAUGAUAGAGUAACGAAAUCUAAUUCAGUAUCAUCUCAAACUUCUCUCUGAAGUAGCGCAUGGCAAUUGUUGUUAAGUCUACGUUGUCAAAAUCAACUGUCUGUUUUGCUGUAUAGAAAUGUACAUCUUCUCUUUCAAAAAUUUUGAGCAAUGGUAACAGACCCUUAAUUUGCUUUAACCA